AUGGACAGAGUGCAAGACAAGUUGAAGGACAGGGUACAAGACAAGGUGAAGGACAGCGAACAAGAUAAGGUGAAGGACAGGGAACAAGAUAAGGUGAAGGACAGGGAACAAGAUAAGGUGAAGGACAGGGAACAGGACAAGGUGAAGGACAGCGAACAAGAUAAGGUGAAGGACAGGGAACAGGAUAAGGUGAAGAACGGGGAACAAGACAAGGUGAAGGACAUGGAAGAACUUAGGGAACAGGAUAAGGUGGAGGACGGGGAACAGGAUAAGGUGAAGGACAGGGAACAAGAUAAGGUGAAAGACAGGGAACAAGAUAAGGUGAAGGACGGAGAACAAGAUAAGGUGAAAGGCAAGGAACAGGAUAAGGUGAAGGACAGGGAACAAGAUAAGGUGAAGGACGGGGAACAAGAUAAGGUAAAGGACAGGGAACAAGAUAAGGUGAAAGACAGGGAACAAGAUAAGGUGAAGGACGGGGAACAAGAUAAGGUGAAGGACGGGGAACAAGAUAAGGUGAAAGACAGGGAACAGAAUAAGGUGAAGGACGGGGAACAAGAUAACGUGAAAGACAGGGAACAGGAUAAGGUGAAGGACGGGGAACAAGAUAAGGUGAAAGACAGGGAACACGAUAAGGUGAAGGACAGGGAACAAGGCAAGGUGUGGGACAGGGAAGAAGACAAGGUGGAGGACAGGGAACAGAACAGCAAGGUGAAGAACGGGGAACAACAUAAGGUGAAGGACAGGGAACAAGUGAAGGACGGGGAGCAAUACAAUGAGAAGGACGGGGAACAGGACAAGGUGAAGGACAGGGUACAGGACAAGGUGAAGGGCAGGGAACAAGAUAAGGUGAAGGACGGGGAACAGGAUCACGUGAAGGACAGAGAACAAGAUAAGGUGAAGGACAGGGAACAAGAUAAUUGA